CUGCCUAUGUGCUGGCGCCUCGCCGCCGCAGCAGUUUGCCGGGUGUGGAAGGCCUCCGAAGGCCGCAAAAGGCGCAAGGCUGGACCCCCUGAGCUGUAUGGCCUGUACCCUCCGGGCCCUUGGUCAUCGGCCUGCCGGCUCUUGCCGCGCCUUUGACGAGGGCAACCCAGCGAAAGGGGCCACGCUUCGUGACCGUGGCCGCCUUCGGCGGCCUUCUACCCCGGAGACCUCCAGCCUGCGAGGGUCGGCAGGGGCCGGGACGUCCGUCGGGGACCUGCAGAGAGACGCAAGGGGCCGCCCGCUCCCAGUUUUGACGCCUUCGACCCCGAGAAUCCGCGAAAAGCAGCGCGGAAAAGGGCGCGCCGGCGCCACCGUAGGGCCAUCCACAG